CCGUCAGGUCGCCGCGGCUUUCGCUUUGCUGCCGCGGCUGGGCGGGAGAGAGCUGCGGGCUCGGCGGCCGGCUCUCCUCGCGCCCCUGCUCCCGUAGCGCCGAGGGGCGCUCCUCGCCCGGCCCUGCCGGCUAGAGGAUUCCCUUCUGAGGCGCCCGCGGGCUCCCCGCCUCAGCCACCCCGUGGUCCCGAUGCCGAGGCAUGGAUAGAGCGGCGCUGCGCGCGGCGGCGAUGGGAGAGAAGAAGGAGGGCCGCGGCGGGGGGGGCGCGGCGGCCGCGGAUGGGGGCCCCGGGGCCGCGGCCAGCCGGGCGCUGCAGCAGUGCGGGCAGCUCCAGAAGCUCAUUGACAUCUCCAUCGGCAGCCUGCGCGGGCUGCGCACCAAGUGUGCCGUGUCCAACGACCUCACCCAGCAGGAGAUCCGGACCCUGGAGGCGAAGCUGGUCCGGUAUAUUUGCAAGCAGCGGCAGUGCAAACUGAGUGUGGCUCCUGGAGAGAGGACUGCAGAGCUGAACAGCUACCCUCGCUUCACCGACUGGCUGUACACCUUCAACGUGAGGCCGGAGGUGGUGCAGGAGAUCCUCCACGAGCUCACGCUGGAUGCCCUGCUGGACAUGAGCGAGGCCAGGGUGAAGGAGACGCUGCAGCGCUGCGGGGCCAGCGCCGAGGAGUGUGGCCGCCUGCAGGCCGCCCUCGCCUGCCUGCGGAAGGUGACAGGCCUGGGAGGGGAGCACAAAGAGGACUCGGGCUGGAGUUCCUCGGAUGCCCGGCGGGAAAGUGGCUCAGGGCCUUCUGUGGACACCCUCUCGCCAGCCAGCCUGCCCUGGCCCCUGGGGAGCUCCCAGCUGGGCAGGUUGGGCAGCGGUGCCCCGGGCCCGCGCUCUGUCUCCGUAUCAGCUCUGCCUGCCUCGGACUCCCCCGCCCCUGGCCCCAGUGAGGGCCUUGUAGACACCUAUAUCCCCCUGCAUGCUGGAGGCCGGCUGACCCCCCGUGCCCUGCAGAGCUUUAUCACCCCCCCAACCACGCCCCAGCUGCGACGGCACACCAAGCUGAAGCCACCGCGGACGCCGCCCCCACCCAGUCGCAAGGUCUUCCAGCUGCUGCCCAGUUUUCCCACACUCACCCGGAGCAAGUCCCAUGAGUCUCAGCUGGGAAACCGCAUAGACGAGGUCUCCCCCAUGAGGUUCUCCACCAAGUCCUGGCUGUCGCAGGUCUGCCAUGUGUGCCAGAAGAGCAUGAUGUUUGGGGUGAAAUGCAAGCAUUGCAGGUUGAAGUGUCAUAACAAGUGCACAAAAGAAGCCCCCGCCUGUAGAAUAUCCUUCCUUCCACUACCCAGGCUUCGGAGGACAGAAUCUGUGCCCUCAGAUAUCAACACCCCAGUGGACAGAGCAGCAGAACCUCACUUUGGAACCCUCCCCAAGGCGCUGACAAAGAAGGAGCACCCCCCAGCCAUGAACCACCUGGACUCCAGCAGCAACCCGUCCUCCACCACGUCCUCCACGCCCUCCUCGCCGGCACCCUUCCCGACAUCGUCCAACCCGCCCAGCGCCACCACACCACCCAACCCCUCGCCCAGCCAGCGGGACGGCAGGUUCAGCUUCCCAGCUGCCUGCUUCAUUCAUCAUAGACAGCAGUUUAUCUUUCCAGACAUUUCAGCAUUUCCACAGGCAGCCCCACACCCUGAUGCAGCGGAUGGUACCCGGCUCAACGACCAGCCAAAAGCAGACAUGUCGGAGGAUCAUGGAGCAGAGGCCGAGGAGCCCGAGGCCAAUAAGUCGGAGGCAGAAGACGACGAAGAUGAGGUGGACGACUUGCCGAGCCCCCGCCGGCCGUGGAGGGGCCCCAUCUCUCGCAAGGCCAGCCAGACCAGCGUGUACCUGCAGGAGUGGGACAUCCCCUUUGAGCAGGUGGAACUGGGCGAGCCCAUUGGGCAGGGCCGCUGGGGCCGGGUGCACCGUGGCCGCUGGCACGGCGAGGUGGCCAUCCGCCUGCUGGAGAUGGACGGCCACAACCAGGACCACCUGAAGCUGUUUAAGAAAGAAGUGAUGAACUACCGGCAGACGCGGCAUGAGAAUGUGGUGCUCUUCAUGGGGGCCUGCAUGAACCCCCCCCACCUGGCCAUCAUCACCAGCUUCUGCAAGGGGCGGACAUUGCAUUCGUUUGUGAGGGACCCCAAGACAUCCCUGGACAUCAACAAGACCAGGCAGAUCGCUCAGGAGAUCAUCAAGGGCAUGGGAUAUCUACAUGCCAAGGGCAUCGUGCACAAGGAUCUCAAAUCCAAGAACGUCUUCUACGAUAAUGGCAAAGUAGUCAUCACAGACUUUGGGCUGUUCGGGAUCUCUGGUGUGGUCCGAGAGGGACGGCGUGAGAACCAGCUGAAGCUGUCACACGACUGGCUGUGCUACCUGGCCCCUGAGAUCGUGCGUGAGAUGACCCCUGGGAAGGACGAGGACCAGCUGCCAUUCUCCAGAGCUGCUGAUGUCUAUGCUUUUGGGACAGUUUGGUAUGAGCUGCAAGCAAGAGACUGGCCCUUUAAGAACCAAGCUGCAGAGGCCUUGAUCUGGCAGAUUGGAAGUGGAGAGGGAAUGAAGCGUGUCCUGGCCUCCAUCAGCCUGGGGAAGGAAGUUACCGAGAUCCUGUCUGCCUGCUGGGCUUUCGACCUGCAAGAGAGGCCCAGCUUCACCCUGCUGAUGGGCAUGCUGGAGAAGCUGCCCAAGCUGAACCGGCGGCUCUCCCACCCUGGACACUUCUGGAAGUCUGCUGAGUUGUAGGUCUGGCUGCCUUGCAUGCACCAGGGGCUGCUGCCUCCUAACUGACACCCGGCCCUGCGACUCUACUCAAAUGCACACUGAGAUGCGGGCACUAACCCCGGGAUGCGAUCUCUGCUGCACCAAUCUCCUUCUCCUGAGACUUCUUUUGCUUUGAUCGUUUUUAAAACUGGCCCCCUCCCUGCUCCAUGGCCUGCGUGUGCCUGAAUAACUGCUCUCCAUAAAGGCUCCCUCUCACAGACACCCCCACACACACCAGAAUUGCUUUCCUGGGCGUGGCAUCCUUCUCUCCAGCUCUUCUGUGGGGUGGGAUCUUUAUAUCUGAAUGGUCCUGUCUCCCUACUAACACCUCAGUGAGAUGUGCCCCCCACUGAGCACACCGGGCUCCCACUGGCUGUGCCUAUGAGCAGGCAUUGGUGGGAGUGUUGCUUGGCUGUUAACCCGAGAGGAUCUUAUCCAGCAAGGAGUGGAAUGAUCUCAGGGCUGCCCAUGGCCAGUCUGCUCUAUAGGGCUGGGGGUGGUACAAACCAAGUCCUGUUGCCAUAAAAGACACCAGCUUGGAAGGGCUGUGUCAGUGACACCCUAAGGAGAGUCAUCCUAAAGCAAAGGAGGGGCUUGUCUCCAAACAAUCUGACUAAUGAAAGCAAAGAUUCUGCCCCAACGCAUUGCUCCCUGCCCGUCUGCCCAGCACAGCCCGAAAGCACCAGGCCCGGAGUCCGCAUUCGGGAGUGCGGCUGACAGGCCGUGCACAGAGUCCCAGCACUGCUCGCCAAGUGCAGACUCCUGGGGCCCCCAAAAACCAAGUCCCGGCUCUGGUGGCAGGCUCCAAGCUGCAUUUCAGCCUGACGCACCCCCACAUUUGAGGACCGUUUCUGCAAGAAGCAAGCAAGGCCACCCCCGGUGCUGGGGGCAGGUGUCUCUUCUCUCUCAAUUCCAUGUGGAGCACGAGGGUCCUGAGCUGCAAAUGAGAAAGUAGUUCAAACGAGCCCAUGCUGGGUGCUGGGAAUCCCAAGACCAACAGGCCACUGUCAUCCUGGAGGGGGAGGCGGCCGAGCUUAGCCCCAGGCAGGCCCUGAGGAGCAGGAGCAGCUCUGCCAGGGCUGUCAGCUGAGCAGUCAUUCUCACUUCUUGGUGGGGCCUCUGCUGAGCUGCUGGGAUUGGCCCGUUCCUUAGCUAACAUUACCUAAUUCCCAGUCAAAUCCAGUGGGGUAUAACCCUUGUUUUUAUUCCUCUUCGCAGCAUUAACAGCAGCAAAGUUGUCCCCCGGUUUGAAAGGUUUGGCUUGGGCGUCCUGGAGGCCAGUAAUCCAAAGAUGUAGCCGGCUGUGCAGUUUUUUUCUGCCGAUUUCUUUCUUAAAUGUGUUUCUAAAACGGCCGAACAAUCACCACGACAAAAACCCUUCGAAACUUCAGCCACCCUGGGAAGCGCUGCAGAGCAGGAGCCCGAGACCUCGAGUUGGGUUGUUUGUCCAUGAAACACUGCGUGUCCCGGAGGUGGAGUCACCCCGGCUACUGCUUAAAUGACAUCAGCAUGCAAACCAGUCCUGACAGAUGGCAAAUGUUUACAUGUCCAUUUCUGCAGAGUGAACUCAAUUUACAAUAGAUAAUAAUAAAAGCAGUCCAUGCAGAGGAGCACCGGCCCCUUUGGUCAGGGUUGCAGAAGUGGCCAUCUCCUCUGGAGGACCUUGUAUGCAGUGAGGAACCCACAGUGGGCUGAAAGGAGGAAAAGCAUCGUCGUCGUGGCUGUUCUUGGGGUCCAACAGGAGGAUCACAGGCUUGACUGGCCUCUGCCUGGACCCCAAGUGCCAUUAGUGGGGGAUCUUCUUUAUGGAGGGUUCUUCCCUUGUCCUUUCAAAGGGACACCGUCCCUUCCUCCUCUUGCAGAGGAAACCCUGGCUAGAACCCAAGCUGGAUUAUGAGGGUCUGGAGUUCCCAUAGAGCUUGGGUUCCCCUCUGACCCCUGUAAUCCAGCCUGUAUCUGCUGGAAAAGUAGAGACAGUUAAAAUCGAGAUAACAUCAGGACUGAUCAGUGCUUCCUGGCCAGGAUUCCUACUGCUUAUAGAGAUGUUUCUAUCAGGAAGGCACCAAGGAAAUGGGACUCAGGGCCUCAGCUUUUUAGAUACAUCCCAUCCCUGACUUGCAUCUGAGGCCCAACACAAUGGCUGCGUGUAUCAUGAAGGCUUGAUGGGAGAGUGCAAGGAAGGUGGUGGGGAGGGAGAGGUGGUAGGCGGCAGGUCCCUGAGCCCAUCCUCCCAUCCACAGGGUGACCUGGCCCUAUAGAAAACCCAUCGGCAGUCAUGCCAGGGUUCUGGAACUGCCCACCUCUUGCACUCCUCUGGUCCUGCUGAAACCCCUUAGCCCACUCCUGCCGCUCCCACUGUCCAUGUUGGAGCUCUUAGAUGGGAAGCAGGCACCCCCUCUUCCACUUAGACCCACCCAUCAGGGCUUUCCCCAACACUGAGUCAGGACUUCUACUUGCGUACUUUGCACCAGAAGGAGGAGCUGGAUUGGGGGAGUCCGUGGUGUGAGCAUACUGCCGGUCUUCAUUAGAAGCUGUCAACUAGAGACAAACGUCCCAAAUGGCAAAAGUCCUUCAGUGGACGUCACGUUGUAUUAGGUGCCAAAGCCAGAACUGACCACAGGUGAGGAGAGAGCUGUGCUUGGAGUCAGAACCUGGGUCCCUGCUCUGAGCUGAGAGGGGAGCAUGUGGCCCUCCCACCCCCUUUCAUUUAGACCCAUUUAGCGAAGCUCCCAAUCUUUAGACCCAUCCCCAGAGUCUGGCCAAAAUGUCCUAUGAAAUGGGCCACUCUCCCUAGAAGCUGUGGGGCUGCCCUCCAUGGGGCCAGGCCUCCCUUGGCUGACCCCUUCUGGAGGGCACGGCCGGGCGGGAGGGCCAGGUAUGCCAGCUCCGCUGCCCACUGCCCCCCAGCCGGGAGCGCCUUAUCCUUUCCCAGAGAGGAGGGAGACAAGAGCUGUAGGCCCACUGGGUGCAACUCCAUGUGGGUCUGGUGUCCUCGUGGGCCUCUCACCCCUUCCUCCCUGUGGCUUCCCAGCCAGCUCUCUGCAAUCUCCCCCUUCAAAGCCACGCGGUGUGUGCUGAACCUCUGAGCCUCCUCCCCACUCCUCUGCAUACUUUCCCAGAGGUCCCACUUUGUGCGCUGGGUCUCCCACCUUUCCCCUCAGGACCCCCAGACAUGCCAGGAGGCCUGGGGCUUGGACAGUAGCUAAGCAGGUCAGGCCCCACACCUCCCCAGCCCUGUCCCAGCUACAGGCAAUCUGGUUGUGUUUUCUCGUGUUACACUUGCAGGUCAAUUCCAGAAGCUUUCACUGAGCACUGCUGGCAUCUUGUGCGAGUGCUGGGGGCCCUGCGAUGGGAACAGUGGCCGUCCCUGCCCUUAGCAACUAACGUUCAGCAGGAACCCCAGGGGAGGAACCAGGGGACCCCUCUUCCUCUCCCAGGUCCUGGGCAGCCUCCCAGCCUUUGGCCGGAGCCUCUGCGCUGCCUGUCGUUGAAGAGAAACACCAGAGGAAACGCCCCCCAUGGUCCCCUCCUUUCCUUAAGUGACUGUGAAUUGAAGUUGGGAAGAUAUGUAUCCUUCUCUGUGCUCUCCCUGUCUGUCUGGGAAACACAUGAAGGACGGCAGAUACUGUGAAUUCAGCCCUCACGGCGACUGUGAAGCAGAUGGAGAAGCUGGGAGGGCCUCCUUGGCAAGAGCUCCGGGGCUGUGGAUGUCCCAAGCCUUGGCCCUCCACGGGCCCCCCAGUUCCCAGCCUCUCCUCCAAACCCUAGGGUCGGAGUGUCUGAUGCCUUUGGCCACCGGAGCCACGGUCCCUGGGUUUCCAUCCCAUGAAGUCUUGAGUCCUAGCCAGUUCCCAUUAGUCGUGAGCAGCAUGUAGCAAAAUUGACCUCUUCAUGUCACCAAAUCAACAAUGUGUGCAGGGCCCAGGGAUCCCUCUGUUCUCUCAUGCCAUUUCUUCUUGUGAUCACAGAGGGGAGCAGCCCGCCCUGUAAGCUGUGUUGUCAUUGUUCAGUAUUGAUUUGGGGGCCGAGGGGAGACAUAAAUGUGAAGCUGAUUAGGGAGCUUGCACGGUGCCGCAGCAUCGUUAGCCGGGGCUUCAUCAGUGUGUGCAAACCACGCGUCUUCUGUGGCCGCCAGCACACACUUGCUUUUUGAAUGUGAUGUAAAAUUUGUACAGUUAAAGUUUUUAUAUUUUCUAUCAACUGCAUUUGUCUUCCAGAAAUACUAUUAAUUUAAAUUAAAAUGGUUGGUAUUAAUGAAGUGCUGUAUCAGUUUUUUGCCACUGGCAAGAAUACACCCUCUGUGCCAGGCCUGGCCUGGGUGUUGGCAUUUGUGAAUAAAAGUGUACCAAGGUG